AUGUCUGUUCGUUGUUUUUUUGAUAUCGAUAUUGGUGAUGUGCGCGAAGGUCGAAUUGUCUUCGAAUUGUUUGACGACCUUAUACCAAAUACUGUUGAAAAUUUUCGCGCGCUCUGUACAGGAGAGAAGGGUAUUGGUAAAUCCGGUUACCCACUGCAUUAUAAAGGUAGCACGUUUCAUCGUGUGAUCAAGGGUUUUAUGAUUCAAGGUGGUGAUUUCACCAGAGGCGAUGGUACGGGAGGUGAAAGUAUUUAUGGAGACAAAUUCGAUGAUGAGAGCUUUGACGUGAAACAUGACGAACCUUUUCUAUUGUCGAUGGCGAAUGCUGGUCCAAACACGAAUGGUUCUCAAUUUUUCAUUACUACGGGAAAGGCGACACAUUUAGAUGACAAACAUGUGAUAUUUGGUAGAGUAUUAAAAGGUAAAUCGGUAGUCCGAGCCAUUGAGAAUAACCCAACUGGAACUAAUGAUAAGCCGAUAAAGAAGGUUACAAUUGUUGAUUGUGGAGAAUUGAAAGAAGACGAAGAUGACGGCGUACCAGUUCCAGCGGAUGGCGACACUUACGAGGAUUGGCCCGAGGAUGAAUCUGGAUCUUUAAAACCUGAAAAGUUGUUAGAAAUUGCUCAAAAAGUUAAAGAUAUUGGAAAUGAUUAUUUCAAAAAAGGAGAUUAUUUGAACGCAAGUAAGAAAUAUACCAAGGCAAUUCGUUAUUUGAAUGAGAAAACAACAUUUGAAGAUGAUGAUCCACCAGAACUGGAAAAGAAAUUCUAUUCACUUAAAAUCUCAUGCUAUCUUAAUAAAGCUGCAUGUUCACUUAAAUUGCAAAAUUGGAAAAACGCCGUUGAUGAUACUACCAUAGUACUUGAAAUGUCACCAGAAUAUCUGUUGGACGCAGAUAAGGCUAAAGCAUUGUAUAGACGUGGUAGUGCUAAAGUUGGUAUGAAAGAUGAGGAAGAAGCUGUAAAAGAUUUACAACAAGCAUCAAAAUUAAAUCCUCAAGACGCUGCAAUCGCGAAAGAAAUAGCUAUUGCUAAACAAAAACUCAAAGCUCGUGAAGAAAAACAAAAGAAAGCAUUCGCAAAAAUGUUCGAAUAAAACUUGCAUUCAAAAUAAAAUUUUAUUUUUUUAAAAAUAAUUUAUUUCUUUUUCUUGUUCUUUAAAGAAGCAUUUUUUGUUUUCAUGGAAUUAUUAUUUUUAAACGUCACUAAUGUUUCCUUAACUCUUUUAGUUUGUUUUGAUGCCGAUGAAGUAUCUAAUUUCUCAGGAAAUCCGAUUUUUUUUUGAAUAAUGGGUAACUGAAAAAUU